CAGCCUGAAACAGAAAAACAAGAAACAGUAAGUGUGAUGAAAGUUUUCCAUGUUUCACGAGUUCUGCAUUUGUGUACUCCGUUUUUUUGUUUUUUGUUUUGUUUUGUUGUUGUUUUUUUUUUGUUUGUUUGUUUGUUUGUUUUUUGGGUUUUUUUUAUAUUGAGUUUUCAGUUCCUUUGUGUGAGUGAGAUGGGUUGCACUGUAGUUAAUUGUUGAAGAUAAAUAACAUUGUUUUACUUGUGCUACAGUAUUAUUUUAUGCAACCAAUUCUACCUUUCUCUCUCAUUCUCUCAGUAACACAUACUCAUUUCAUUCAUUAUUAUCACCUAGUCGCAACAAAUAUUUUAGACAGAACACGCAGAAGAAAAAAAAAACCUGCAUCUCACCAAAUCAUAUUUCUUCACACGUUCUGCGCUCGGCAAUAAACAUUUUAUGACGACUUUGCCGACGACUAGCUAUUAUCAUGCUAAUUCUGAACACCAUCACACUCCCCUAAGACGGUUUAAAUCAUCAAACGUCACUAGUGGUGAGCGUCCGUUGGUGGAGAAAUGUCGGGAAGUACAGCAUCGUCUUACAGUUGGGUAUCGGAGAAAAGUCUCCCAGCGGAAAAGAUGGACUGUGACCGCUACCCACAACGCGGGUUUUUCGAAGGGAAGUGGAAGUCGCUAUGCGACCACAGCACGUGUGAGAAGGUCCAGGACGCCCGCUGCUACUGCAUCUACUGUCACCUGGGCCGCGACGCCGACCACAACACCAUCCUGUCCCAGAAUGGUGUCAACUACGACUGCUUCCACCGCGCGCUGCUGCAGGCCGACCUCACCAUCGAGGGCAACGGCGACCAGAAGGUGUGUCGGGGACUGUCCUUGUGCCCGGUGCAGCUAGAGUUCUUCCUCCUGCAGAGAGUUCUGAGGGAAACCGGUCGGCCGCCCACGGUGGACAGGAGGGACGACCCAAGAUGUCCGGCAGGGAACGAAAUCACGAUUGUUUACCUCGCGGAGUUGCAAGAGAGCCAGGCGCCGUUCUUUGAGGGAAAUCGCCAAAGCCCAGGCAGCUUUCUCUUGUUGAUGACAGGAUCAUGGGCGUCGCGAAAGCCGAGUGCCGAAGACCCGUCCUUGUCGUCGCUUUUGGUGCACACGGCCAUCACGGCCGACGCCGGCGGCCAGACUUACUUGGACAGCUUCGACCCGCCGCGCCGCGUCACCUACGUCAUCAACCACCUCAACGGCUCCACCACGGACGGCCGGCGCUACGAGGGCGAGAAGCUGGUGACCUUUGACCUGGAGUGUCCGGUAGCCAGUUCGCUCAAGCUCAACCGCCGCACGGACAACAAGCUGCUGACUCGCAUGAUGUGCGCGGCGUCCGGCGUGCAGCAUCCGGUGACGCUGGCCCUGCUGCCGCAGCACGGCAUGGCGGUCUACGACAACAUGUACGAGGCCAUGCCUAAAAUUACCGUCCACACGCGGCCGGCGACUGGAAUGACGUCACAGUGGCUCCAACCGCUCGUCGAGAACUUCUUGGCGCAAGAGGCCAUGAAGCCCUAUGACAAGGUGGUCGUGAAACCGUUUGGCCCUCUCUGGAACUGUUGUAAAGGUGUGUCUUUCCACGACGUCCACGACGUGAAUUCUAUCGUUGAAGGGAUCCUGCAGCUAGGGAGCCGCAUCGAUCAAAAUGAUGGCAUCCUGCUGGACUCCUUCCACAAGGUCUUCAAACCUGCUCCGCCCACCAACAUCGGCCAUCACGCUUUCAACCCGCACGACAGGGACAUCAGCUUCAGGAUUCGAGCGAUCGCGUGCCGCACUCCACAGAACGGGGCUCGCAUGACGCAGGUGUUCACAGGUGUGGCCGACGGCGGCUCACCGUUCGGCGGCUCGGAGACGAUCGGCACGUCACUGGACACCACCCUGCAGCGCUGGGGCCUGACGGACCCGUUGCAGCGACAGGAGUUGAGGGACAGCAUCAAGCAGUCGUCGGAGAGACUGAUGCUGACGCUGAUCAGACUGGAGGAGAAGCUAAGCGCCGAGGAGCGGGGAGGGGUGGCCGCGCAGACCGAGAUGAUCGGAAUGGACUUUAUACUGACCAGCAUGAACGGAGUUAUAACGCCCUUGGUUAUCGAGGUGAACGCCCACGACUGCCUGUAUGCAAGUUCUCUCUACGAAUCCUCAGACAAAGAGGUGAGGGGUCAAGCCACCCGGACCUUGGUGCAGACGAUGAUUGCGCGGUCUCAACGCUUCCUCAUGAAAAACAAAGUGGUGCUGGUGUUGGGGACCGGAGGUUUCGCCAACAGGACUCUGUGGAAAGAUGCUCAAGACUUUGGGGUGAAGAUAGUUCUGGUGGACUCGAACAUGGAUCACUUCGCCCGCGAGCAUGUGAACAGGUUCCUGUCAUAUGACUUGAGCGACCACUCGCGCGACCGCGAGCAUGCUGAUGUCAUCGCUCGCCGCGUGAAAGCGGACGUGGAACGCGUUCACGGAUGUUUGGCUGGCGGGGAGGACUGCGUGGCACUCGCCGCCCUGGUGGCAGAAGCACUGGGCUUAACGCAUGCGCCGUCCUACGCUUCCGCCAUGGGGAUCACCAAGGGGCUGGUCAUGAAGGCCCUCUUGGGGGAGUACUGGCCCCCGCACCAACCAAACACCUACCAUUACGCCAGCCCCACCGUGCGAGUGACGUCACCUGAGGACCUGGUGCACGCCGUCAAACAGGUUCCGCUGCCGGCCGUUCUGCGGCUGGAGCACGGCCCACCGACCGGAGGCGCGCGGCACGUCAAGACCCUGCAGGAGGCCAGGACCUUCAUGCAGCAGGCCCAGAACGCGCUACUCUCCGACAAAGACCCCUCUGACAUGGGAUUGGACCCUGUGCACGCCUUCGUGCUGACGAGGAGCCUGGAGGGCACGGACCACGACGUGAACCUCGUGAUAUUUGAGGGCCAGGUCAUGGCCGCCUUCGUCUCCGACAGAGGUCCUCCUCGGCUGCCUUCAUUAUCCGAGACCACGGCCGCCAUGCCGUCUGUGCUGUCCAAGGAGCAAGAGCGCCAGUUGCUGAUGGCAGCUGACUCAAUCUGCAGUAAGCUGAGCCUGUCCAACGGUGUCUUUAACGUGCAGCUGACGAUGACGGCGUACGGCCCCCGCCUGGUGGGGCUCCGCGUUGAUGUGGGAGGCCUCCGGUAUUUUCGGGAGUGGAUCCGUGCCCUCUACGACGUCGACCUGCUACAUCUGGCGCUGAUGGCAGCGUGCGGUGUGCAGGCGGUGGCCCCCAACAGCCUGGUGCAGGGUUACUGCAGCCAGCAGGCCCGCCACGACCGGGGGCAGCUGAUGGGUAUGGUGCUGUACUCGUCCCGACACAGGCAAGCCCUCUCAACCACCGUCACCCCCAGCCAUCUGCAGCGACUGCACGACAAAGGAAGCGUCAUCUUCCGGCAGCUGGCCGACAGCUUCGAAUGGGACUCCGUCCACGAGUCGUCGGUGUUGGAGGAGCCUCUGGGCAGCGUGGCCGUGCGGGCUCCAACGGUCCAGGCGGCACGUGCUAAGCUCACUGGACUGUGUGCUGGGCUGGGGCUGGAGACAGAACAGUCCAUGACCGAAAUGCUGCAAGACUUCGUGAUAUUCUGGUAGAAAACUGGACAGAUUGCAGCUCAUCGCAACUCUCUUAUAGAGAACCGAGCAGACAAUCUUAGACAAUAUUUUUAUUUGUUCUUGCAAUAACCAGCUUAACUAUAGAACAGAGGGGUUCCACUGAAGGCGCAGGUUUAUGGUAUGUGGUUAUCCUAAAUGAACGAUUUUCCCACAUCACCGGGCUGUUAAAUAAAUAAUGUAUCGGAAAAAUAACAAAUAACAGCAGCGCAAAAGCAUAAGUAACUAACGGUAAUGCGGUACAAAAGUUCUUAAUAUCUUAACCAUUAUUAGCCUCAUUGUUAUGUUUUUCCUUUUUUUACUUAACACAGUUUUGUUUUUACUUUUGUUUAUCUUUUAUCUGUGUAAGUGUAUUCCAGCUUUGGAUGCAUGGACAGUUCAUUGUGUAUAGUUAAAAUUUCUCCAUGCCCCUCAUGGGUUGACUACAUAAAAUAAAAUGUCAAAUGUCAAAAAAUGAUAAGAACUGAGAAGAGGCAGAUAUAUCGCAGGAAGUGUUUAGUGGUAGAGGGUAGAAUGUCGGAAUCUAAACCAGAAGUUAGUGAUACCUGAAAAUAAAAAGCUGAAACAUCAGAUUAUAUGAAACAAUGCACCGCAUACAUAGAUGAUCGGAAGGUAGAAAUUAUGUCCCCUUACGACUCUGUUUUUGCUUUUUUUUUAUUAUUACUUCUAUAAUUGCAAAGCUGGCUGCAUCCGGACACUCACUUUGUAAAUAUAUUCAUAUUCUUGCUUUGCCCUAGUAGUGUCCGGGUGCAGCCAUCUUUUGUAAUUCAAAAAUGCGUUAAAAAGCAAAAAUAGAGUAGUAAGGGGACGUAAUUUCUACGUCAGAGCCCGUUAUGUUUGUACGUAAGUAUUCGCCAUGCACAAACAAGUGCACAGUGCACACAUGCGAGCACCACUUUCACAGACCAUCAGCAACACUAGCGAUCUGUUUACAGCUGACGCCAACGACCACACGUAGGCUCCUCCUGCUGACAUCACCCACAUUUUAAAUGCAUUAAAUGUGGAUCUCACAGUCGUGAGCCUUGGGUGUCCCUUGUCAGUUUUCCUGCCGACGGGAUGAAUAAUAACCGGUGAUCUUUUAUAGCACGGCACCCCUGCCAAAGCCAGGCUCACUUCACUUUACAAUUAACAAUUAUCUGUCAAUAAAGUAAUUAAAGAUCACAAUUCAUUGACUUUGCAACAGUGAGCACUAAACUGUCGAUAUCUUCCCCUGGUCUUGACAACUGUUUACAGGGCUGGAUGCCUUGAUGUAGCCUUAGUUGAUGGCUCGGCGUAAAACACCAAUUCCACCUGGUUUCUGAUAUUACUGCGCCUUUGAUGUUGUUCAGUCUGGUAUCAUGCUUACUUAUAUGUUAUUCUCUCUCUCUUCACAAGCUGGUUUUGAAUCGCAGCAAUCUGUGAUUGUGGGAAACAAUUUCUGUCGAUAUAUUUUAUCUUCAAUAGAACCUUGUUGAGAAGUUGCAGGUCUUUUUCACUUGUUCGGACACUUGUAAUGUAUGAAUCCGACCAGAAGGUUAUACUGUUGUUAGGUUUUAUGGCGAUUUCACCCUUGUAUGACCAAUGAAACAAAUGCGAGUAGAAAUGCUAGCUCAAGACAGAGAAUCGUCUGAAUGUGUUGUAAGACUGCAAAGAGAUCAGUAAAAACAGAGCGUAUACUAAGGCCAUGUGGCAUUAUUUGGAUUGGUAUACUUAUUUGUGGAAAAAAAAAAUGUUUAUACUAUUUACUAAUGUUCGUAUACAACAUCGGCAUCCCCCCAAACCUCAAAAAAAGUUUAUCUUAUCAAGAUUAAUUAAUGAAAUGAUAAGCUCACAAUUCGUGUUUGUAUAAUGUGUUUUCUCUUUGCUUGCUGUGUACAUAUUAUGAUAAGACUAUUUAUCCCAGAGUGCAAAUAUCUCAGUAAUGUUAUAUUUACUCAUAUUUAAACUAUAUUUACUCAUCAAGUGCCUAUCGCUUUGAUCAUAUAUAUUUUCGUAUAUGCCAGCCAUUUUUAUUGCAAGUUUGGUGAAAUGUAUCUACAUCAUAUAUCUACAUAAUAUAUCUAUAUAAUAUACAAUAAUAUAUCUACAUACAAUUUUGUGAAGCAUACAAAAUCCUGUGAUGUAUUUUACUGUUGGUAUCCUUUGAGAUAAAGCAUUAUUACAAUGACCAAAUAAUGGUGUAUUUUACAGUGACCAAAUAAUGGUGUAUAACACAAUAACAUUAUUAUCAUCACAAGCUGCAAGUACCUAACAAAAUAGAGUAGCUACAGCCACGAUAAUUAAAAUGUACCCCUCUUUCCCUGUCUCUCAGAUAUAUAUAUAUAAUUAAUUAUGUGUGUGUGUUGCACGCACCUCUCUUUUCUCUGUUUUAUUUGUAAAAUAAUCUCUUUACCAAUAACAUCUGUCAAAAAACUACAGCGUUCUCUGGUAUUAUGUACAUUUCACAUUUACUUCAUGUAUAUGGCUGUGGUAUUUAAAAUUUUUAUUACUAACUACAAUAUUGAAAAACAUUAUGGUUACUAAUGAUAUUUUUGUUGUUGGGUAGUUAGUAGUAGUAAAUAGGGACUAACUUCAAACAGCCUUGCAGCCUAUUUAUACAUCCUGUCUUUUAAAUCUUCUCUGUAGUUAUUUUGAUGUGUAUGUGUGCAUACACUAGCAGAUUUUACAGGACCUGUUAUCUACAAAAUAUAGUUGUGUGUAGUUUUCUUGGUUAAAAAAAAAUGCAAUUUUGUUAGCGUUUCUGUUUAAAAUAUUAUUAGUAAUGAAUAAUUCAUUUUGUAUGUAUGCUGUCACUUGAUACAUAUAGAUAAUCUAUUGCUUAAGUUCUCAGGUACGCUUAAUGACAAUAAUCUCAUACGAGUCUCUCUAUGAUCCAACAGGUAGCAGUUGACAGAAAGAAGUUGAAAUGGUUGUUUUAAAAUUUUUUUUAUUGCAAGACUUCUAAUCUAUUAAACAGACAGAACAUUUCU